AUGGGUGGAAUUAUAAAUGCCGGAUUCCAAAAAACAUGCCUUAUUUGCCAAGAGAUAGUAGGGUUAGAAUUCUCUAAUGAGUGUCAGUGUGAAAAAAAGAAUAGUCAUUGUAAAUAUUGCCAAUCUAGUGAUAUUGAUAAGAAAAAUUGUUCCUGCCAAAAAGAAAAGCAGUUAAGCGAAUUAGAAGCAAAAAUAGUUCAAUCAAAAAAGGGCGAAACAGAAUUGGAGGAGUCAUUUGAAAAACAGCGUCUAGGACUCGAAAGUGUUAGAAAAAAAGCGAUCAAAUCAAGGAAAGGGGAAAAAAAUAAUGAUAGAUUGCAAAUUGAACGGAAUAACUUGCAACAAAUGAAGGGGUUUAGACAACGAACCUUAACUAACGGAACAUCUAAUGAACAAAUUAAACCUAAUCUAAAAUAUCUCAUAGAUAGAGGUGGAUACGGUGAAUUGCAAGAGGUAGCGGUCAAGAAAUUAUAUUUACCAAUUCAUAUUGCUUCUGAAUCCGACAUUAAAGUCAUUAAAAAAGAAAUAGAAAUUCUCAAGGAUUUGAGAAAUAGGUAUAUUAUCCAAUAUUAUGGGGUUUAUUCUGAUGACCAAGGGUUUCUUAUUAUAAUGGAUUAUGCUGAAAAUGGCACUCUGACUAAGUUCGUCAAUGACAAUAAAAAUAAAGAGCAUGAUUGA